GCCGCGCCGCCGCCCUCACCCCCGGACUCGCUCUCGGCCCACGGCGGCCGCGAAAGGGUGCGGGAGACGCGGAGCCGGAGGAGGAGGCGCAGCCGGAGCCGGAGCCGGAGCCCGAGCCGCGGGGCGGGCGCGAAGAUGCACACCACUCAGAAGGACACCACGUACACCAAGAUCUUCGUCGGGGGGCUGCCCUACCACACCACCGACGCCAGCCUGCGCAAGUACUUCGAGGUUUUCGGCGAGAUCGAGGAGGCGGUCGUCAUCACCGACCGGCAGACGGGCAAGUCCCGGGGCUACGGAUUUGUCACCAUGGCUGACCGGGCUGCUGCGGAAAGAGCCUGCAAGGAUCCCAACCCCAUCAUUGACGGCCGGAAAGCCAACGUGAAUCUGGCAUACUUGGGAGCAAAACCAAGGAUAAUGCAACCAGGUUUUGCCUUUGGUGUUCAACAACUUCAUCCAGCCCUUAUACAAAGACCUUUUGGGAUACCUGCCCACUAUGUCUACCCUCAGGCCUUCGUGCAGCCUGGAGUGGUCAUUCCGCACGUGCAGCCGACCGCAGCGGCGGCCUCCACCGCACCUUACAUUGAUUACACUGGAGCCGCGUACGCGCAAUACUCCGCCGCCGCAGCCGCUGCCGCCGCAGCAGCCGCCUACGACCAGUACCCCUACGCAGCCUCGCCAGCUGCGGCGGGCUACGUCACCGCGGGCGGCUACGGCUAUGCGGUGCAGCAGCCGCUCGCCGCCGCACCUGGGACAGCUGCAGCUGCCGCCGCUGCAGCCGCCGCUGCAGCCGCGUUUGGCCAGUACCAGCCUCAGCAACUGCAAACAGACCGAAUGCAGUAGACCAGCCAUCUGAUCAACGUUGAAUUGUUUUCUCUUUCCCUCCCGAUUUCCCGAUUUUUAGUAGCUAAUCAGAGUUAACAUUGACUUAAACAGCUUUAAAAAAAUGCUAUGCUGUUGUGAAGCAGAAUUAUUAUUAUUUUUAUACUCCAAUAGUGUUCUAGGUGAGAAUGAGGUAAGCGAGAGGGAAGUGGGCGCAGUUUUGGAAACUAAUCCCAAAGAGCCUGAGUAAAUGAAAGGCCGCUAGGAAAUGAUGGCAGGAGUA